AUGGAAGAUAUAGAAGAAGAAAGUAAGCUUGGUAAUCAAGUGGAAAAAUUAACUGGAGAUAACGAAGAUAUAGAAAAUCAAAACCAUUUGAGAAAAUCGGAAUCAAUUAAACUGAAACUGUUAUAUCCAUACACAAUAUUUGAAAAAAAUGAGAAAAUCAUAUUAAUUUUAAUUUUAAGUUCAGUUGGAUUUUGGAGUACUUGUAGUUCUCCAAUUUAUUUCCCUGCUUUACCCACGUUAACUUCAUAUUUCCAUACGUCAGAAUCAAUAAUGAAUAUUUCGGUAGUUUGUUAUCUAUUAUUUCAAGGUAUUACCCCCACAAUAUCUUCAAAUCUAGCUGAUACGUUUGGUAGACGACCAGUUAUACUAGCUAGUUUAUUAAUUUUUGUUGCUUCAUGUAUUGCCUUAUCUCAAACUAACGUCUAUUGGUUAUUAGCCGUACUUAGGUGUAUUCAAGCCGCUGGAAUAGCUCCAGUUAUUGCAAUUAGUUCAGGAGUAAGUGGUGAUGUAUGUACACCAGCAAAUAGAGGAUCAAUGGUUGGUGCAACUGCUGGUUUACAAUUACUUGGCAAUGGUAUUGGUGGAUUAUUUGGAGCUGCUUUGAUCUCGGGUUUCGGUACUUGGAGAGCUAUAUUUGUAUUUUUAGCUAUUGGUGGUGGUGUUACUUUUGUUGGUGCUUUUUUCUUUUUAGCUGAAACUUCAAGACAGAUCGUAGGUAAUGGGACUGUUAUGCCUAAGAACUUAUUGAAUAAAGCCGUUUUAAUUUAUUUACCUUUUUUUAAAAAGAAAAUGACUAAUGAUGUUGCUACUAUUGAACCAAAAAAAAAAUUUGAUAUUUUAGGACCAUUCAAGAUUUUCAUCAAGAAGGAAGUCUUCCUCAUUUUGCUCCCGCUGGGAAUCCAAUUUGCGGUAUGGUCCAUGGUAUUGACUUCAUUAUCUACUGAAUUAGAAGGUCCAAAGUAUGAUUAUAGUGUUAUGCAUGUUGGUUUAAUUUAUUUACCUCAGGGUCUUUCUUGUUUUGUUGCUUCUAUGACUGCUGGUAAGGCUAUGAACUGGUAUUAUAAAUACAGAAAGAAUUUAUUUGACAAAAGAAUGGAGAAUGUACCAAAAGAUCAAAUUCCAGCUUUUAAUAUUGUUGCUACGAGAAUCACACUUACUGUUGUACCUGCUUCUUUAAUGAUCAUAGGUUUGAUAAUCUUUGGUUGGUGUAUUCAAUAUCGAAGACAUAUCAUAUCAAUAAUAAUAUCAACUAUCCUUAUAGCAUUUUCAUCAUCAGUAAUGAUUGCCAUUUGUACAACAUUAUUAGUAGAUUUGUACCCAAAUCAAGGAAGUGCAUCAGCAAGUUGUUUAAACUUAAUGAGAUGUUGGCUAGCUGCUCUUGGAGUUGGUGUACUAGACAAGAUGAUAGCAAAAUUAGAUCUUGGUGGAACAUAUACAUUAAUUGCUGGAAUAUGUUUGAUUUUAGAUUUAUGCUUGGUUUAUGUACUUUAUUGUACAAAUAAGGAAUUAAGAGAUUUUUCAUCAAAUCAAAGUACAAGAGUUAGUAGUACUGAAUCUUCUAUAAUAGAGUAG